CUGCCCAGGGCCGUGAGCUCCGCCGCCAGCCCUGCCCGCUCCCGCCUGCUUCUCCUGGAAAGCGGGGCAGGAGGGUGGGGGCGGGCACCGGGCAGCCUCGCUUUCCCCCAGCCCCUUUUAUUUAGCUCUGCCCUGGGUCCUCCCCGGCCAGGCGGGGAGAAAACCGCCCGCCCCCCGCGGGGCCGCCGGGGGAACAUCUGGGCGGCGGCGCCGCAAACAUCUGGGGCGGCGGCGGCGGCGGCGCAUCCCCCGGCGGCCGCAGCUGGAGGAUCCCGCGGCCCCGGGGCAGCGAAACCCCUCGGAGGGGGGCGAGGGGCUGCAGGGGAGGAGGAGGAAGAGGCUGCGAGGGAGCAGGGCGGCGGAGGUAUCACCUAGCAGAAAACCAUGGGCAAUUUCAAAGGGCAUGCCCUCCCUGGAAGCUUUUUCCUUCUUUUUGGCUUGUGGUGGUCAGUGAAAUAUCCACUGAAGUAUGCCUGUCGAAAAAACAAGAAUGCUUGCUAUCUUGGCUCCAGGGCAGGAUUUCAGCGCUUGGAGUUUGUUGAGGGGAUCAUCAAAGCUGUCUUUGCCCUGAUUGGAAUGGUGGCCGAGCAGUUUGUUCCCGAUGGACCUCACCUGAAGUUGUAUAAUUAUGAGGAAAAGCACUGGGAUCACUUGAUGAACUGGCAACAUGCCACCAUGUACCUCUUCUAUGGCAUUUCAGGGCUGGUUGACAUUGUGGCUCACGGGACCAAUGCAUUGCCAGUGGCCAUGGACAGGAUGAUGCUUUCCUUAGCAGUGUUUAUUGAAGGUUUUCUCUUUUGCUACCAUCUUCAUGGGAGAGCCAUGCUGGAUGUUCAUGUUCAUCAGUUAUUGCUAUUUGCUAUCUUUGGCGCUGCUGUUUGCAUAUUUCUGGAAGUUUUCUUCCGUGGCAGUAUUGUCCUAGAGAUGCUCCGUACAAGCCUCUGCAUAUUACAAGGCAGCUGGUUCUGGCAGAUCGGUUUUGUGCUUUAUCCUCCAAAUGGGAGUCCAGAGUGGAAUCAGAUGGAUCAUACUAAUAUGAUGUUCCUGACCAUGUGCUAUUGCUGGCAUUAUGCCUUUGCUUUUCUUAUACUUGCAGUGAAUUACACAAUUGUCAGCUGGGCAGUUCGUUCAAAGGUUAAACAGUCCCAGUCCAUGGAAAUGGGAUUACUGAAAACACCUGAACGAGAUCAGGAGUCAGAAGAUGAAAUUUAGUAUGAAUAUGGCUUGACUAGUUUACCGGCUCUACCAUUAGGCUAAUUGAUACCUCAUUUCUAGAUUUGUUUGCCAUCUUAUUCAUUCUUUACUACAACUUGCUAUGCAAAUAUAAUCUCCCAAGUACUGUCUACACCUACAUAGUUACAUCUUUAUUUGCAGAGGGUAAACUUGGUACCUAUUUGUGGUGGUUGCACUAGUACUUUGUUUAUCACAUGCUUCAAAGAAAACCAGACUAAUAUUAGACAGACUUGGAGUGGAUGAGGUGGCAUGAUGAAGUCUGUGUGUUUGCCUCAUUAAAAGCUAAGCAAAACGUUUCCAGAUGCUGCUGAACAGACUGUUAAGUUUCCAUAAUUAAGGUGUCCAAAUAAGUGUGUUUGAUGCCCUGCAAGUAACUGUGCAUAAAUAACUGUGCAGACCUGGAAAACAGUAGAAUGAGAUAAAAAAAUUGGGGUCUUGCAGCUGUCUUGUAUAACACCUUCAUGUCUCUGCUUGUAGCUUUAUGUUGAACGGAAAGAAAUACUCACUGCAAAUCCAUUCAGCAUUUCCUUGAAGAGUGUGUAGUGUGUUCAUUUCCACAGAGACACUAGCAAGCUUUGUAGGGGGACAAAAGAGGUGUAUGAUGGUAAAAAGCCACUGCAGUUAUUCAUUCUCAUGCCUAGAUAGUCCUGUCUCUUUGCUAUCAUUUGACUUUGAAAGCCAGUGAAAUGACUCUGGUUUCCCUCUGUUCCUGGACUUUUCCAGAAAGGCCGAGGGGUGCCCAUUGGGACAGCCCCUGGCCGAAAAGCCAGUUUCUUUCCUAAAGUUAUUUCCUUUCCUUUGGUGGAAUUUGGUGGAAUUUCAGUAGGGUUCGUAGCAGACAUGGGCCUGGACCCAGCACUUGGAGCAGGAGCAGGUAAUGCUGAUCUUUGGGCAUGAUGAAAUGGAUUUGCAUCCUUUUCCUUGUGCUGCCCCUGCAAGCACUGGGCAGCCUGUGCAACACUGCAUGGUGAGCUGUGGGAGGGCAGAUGUUGGCUUUAUAGUAGCUCCAUGCCCAGCUACCCACAGCAGCGAGUGACUUAAAAAAAGUAUUAAAAAUUAAUUGUAUUUAUUUUCUCCACUAAACUGAAGUCUUGAUCCAGUGAAAAAUAGAGUGCCCUCCCUAGAGCUCAACAUUGCUUGUGAUGCACUCCAACCUCAGCAAAAGGGAAAUAGCUGAUAUAUGGCAAAAGACAUUAGAAAAUGAUGUUGCUUAUAAGCACACUGCCCCUAUGGGGCGAACUUUUGAAGCAUCACUCUGGCUCUAAUACACCUUUCAAAAGACCUGCACAGGCAACUGGGCAGGAGGGAGCACUUGCUGCACCACUGCAUGUAUGCUUUGCUUUCCAGAGGACUUAAGCACAGGAUGCAUGCUGGCAGCCAUGGGCCGUUUUACAUAUCUGUCAGUGGUAAGGUGAUCAUUCUGGAAAACACCCCUUCCCUUUAAAAAUAGUAUUUUCUAACUAUUCUCGGAAACAGGCUAGUGCAGGACAGCAAAUUCUGUUCAAAUAGUACCAGUGCAUCAGUUUUGGUGCUACAGAAGUGAGUUCCUUCUACUAUUUGAAUAUUUUCAGAUGCUCCUAAGGGAAUGCAAAGCUGGACUCUGGUAGAUGAAUGAGAGCUGUAGGAUCUGGUCCCUCUACUUUUGAGUUUCCCCUAUAUCUUUUUCAGUGUGAACCAGAAAAAUGAGUAGCAUAAAAUUAUUAAUUGCAGUAAGUUGAUUGCUUAAAAAGACAGGCAAUACAAUUGUUUGUAGCUCAAAGGAAUCCCAGGACUCAGGAAAAAAUGAAAGGAUUUUUCUAAAGCUAUUUCACCUUCAAUACAACAUAUUCAUUCACUUCAUUUUUAGGACCCAUCUUUUACCUUCUCUUUUUCAAGGAGCACCUUCCUUAGCUGCACAUGCUAUUAAUGCUGAAUUUUAGAUUGCCAGGCUUAUCAAUGUCUUUCCAAAAUCAGUGAGGUCACUUAUUCUGAAGGACAUCUUCAGAAAGUACUUUACUUCUCAUAGGCAGGAACAAUGUAAGUUUCUCACUGCUUUUCUUGAUGAAUUAAAUUUAAUGCUGUACAAAUAUUAAGGUGCUGUAUCUCUAAACCAAAGGGAUAACUAAGUGAGAAAAAAAGCACGCUAAACACGCUGAGCUUUGAUACGUCUUCUUAGAAGACUUCAGUUGGUGAUUUUUAAAAAUUAUUUUAGAUCUUUGACAAGUAUUAUGAAGUGACACUUGUAACUGGGUGUCAGAUUAUCCAGAUGAAUCUACUUUGGAAAGCAAGAAAGUUGCCUCACAGACAUUUCUAUGUUUAGAAAUGUAAAACGUGAAACUGCAGAUGCACAGCCAAAGUUCACCACUUCUCUUAAUAAUUGUUUGCCCUUCUUCAAUGCCUUUCUCUGAAGGGCCUUGGGGAUUUUGGCAAACUUUAAUGAAGUCUGUCUCAGGACAUUCUUGUAGGGUAGGUAUCAGUAUGGCAUUUUUGUAGCUCUGUGCCUCAGCUUUGCAGUGGUCUCACUGUAAACUCUGAAUUAAUUGACAUUUACUCCGCUCUGCAAAUCUAAGACUUGAGUUUCAUUACUGUGGUUCCAUUAAAAUCUGAUUUUCUGUUGGCAUAAGCCAGGAGGAAGAUCCACAGCUUUGCUGAGAAGCUUGCCUGAUAAUUGCAGCAGGGAUACAUUGGCCAAAUGCAGCGUGUCAUUGCACCACAUCACUCUUGUCUCCAAAUUGUUGGGAAUUUUUUAAAGGGCAGGUUUUUUUUCCUGCUAGCAUGGUUGGGGUAUAAAGCUUCUGUGGUGCUGGGCAGUGAAGACAAUGGUUAGGUAUCAAAGAGAACUUGGGGAUUAUUACAAAGGUCUGUUAUGAUAAGCCAAAAUCAGUUGAUGAAACGAGCCUCAUGGGAUUCAGUAAUGUGAGCGAGCUGUGAAUGUGCAGGGUGCUUAGCAAACUCUCCUUUUGAAAAAACUACUUUUUCAGAAACAAAAAGUGCCAGUACUCAAAUGUGAUGGCCAGAAGAGUGCCUGCCUGCUGUGGUUCUUCCUGUGACUGCUUCGGUCUGGUUGCUCUGGCUCUGUCCUUACCUGCGCCCGGGCAUUAGCCCAGCAGUGGCUGAAAGUCUGUGCAUUUUCUUGGGAGAAAACCUGAGCAGGACUCAGCCUGCUGAGAGGUAUCACCUGUAUCUCCCUCUGUCUGCCUGCUGUGAAUCUCCUGUAAACUAUCAGAGAACUGGACAAAUAAGCCCAUCAGACACAUCUGCUGGUUUCAGUGCAACCAUGCUUAGCAAAGAUGCCUUUAAAGAAGCCCAGCCUGGAGGCUAAUACAGUCUAAGACAGAGAACUGUAGGGCAUGCUUCUUACAAAAACUGUCUUUUCACAUAAGAGAAGGUGGUACUGCAUUAUCGAGCUCAAAGAAAUGCAAGGAAAAACAGAACCUGAAGCCUCAAAGAAACAGCAGUCUCUUGGAUUUAAUUUUUAAUACUUACAGUACACGCAGAGUGAGUGUCACAGUGGGGUUUUGUGCCUGAUAUAUUUCGGGUGCCACAAAGGAAAGAAACACCCCGUUUCAGGGUGGGUUUUUGCCAUGCAGAACACCUGACCCGUUCUUCUCAAGCAUCGUUCAAAAGACAGGCCCAGGAACAGUAAGGUACCUAUUACGAUGAAAAAGGUACAACCCUUGGCACUUUGCUAGCAACGGAUUUUGCUUGAGUUGAGUGAGUGCAGGGAAGUCUGACAAGUUUACAGACACCACUCAGAAAAAGGUAGCUGCUCUCAAGAAAAUUUAAAUUAUUGUUAAAUAUGGGUGCCUUUGAAAAACUAUAUGGUAGUUUAUAGAAGACAAGAUAUGCCUGUAAUUUUAUUUAAAUAAAAUUGAUUUAUUCACAUAA